CAACUCAGCCUCAGGAUGAUCCUCAAUGCCCCGGCCGGGCCAGGUGGGACCCGAGACCCCCAGGGGAGGGGGCAGGACAGGGAUCCCCAGCACACACGGUGGGGGCUCAGCUGCCGCGUGCCCGUGGGUGUCCCAGGGGAAGGAGGAGCCGAGGGCAGCCCUGACCGCAGGCUCUCCGGAGCAGGCAGCGGGCCAGCCGGCUCUGGCACCCGGCCCGGAAGUCUGUCCUGCCCCUUCACUGUGACUCUGCAAAACGGUGGGGCGGAGGCCGUGACGAUGACGAUGGCCGGGCAAGGAGGAAGUAGAGGGGUACGGCUGGGUGCUGCACUGCUCGGGGCAGAGCGGAGGGCUCGGCUGAGCACGACAGAGGAGAGCCAAGGCCGGCCGGCAGCCACAGCCAUGGCAGAGGCCGAAGACAGGAGCAUCCAUACCCAGCACAUCUCGGCCGUGCACAACGUGCCCAUGCGGGUCCUCAUCCGGCCCAUCCCGGCAGAGCUGGAGCCGGGAAAGGUGCAGAGCCUGAUGGAGACCCUGCAGGAGGAUCCCGAGCGGGUGCCCCCCAUCGACGUGCUCUGGAUCAAAGGCAGUGAGGGCGGCGAUUACUUCUACUCCUUCGGGGGCUGCCACCGCUAUGCUGCCCACCAGGCACUCCGCCGGGAGACCAUCCCCGCCAAGAUCAUCCCCUCCACCCUCAGCGACCUCCGUACCUACCUGGGCUCCUCCACGCCUCACCUGCGCUAGCCCAGCACCCCGAGGAUGCCCAGCAGCCCCUUCUAUCCCUGUUGGUUCCCACCCGAGAGCCCUCGAUGAGGAUGUGGUCGGCGUCCCCAGCCCUGGGGAGUCCCCAUGGUCCCUCCAGGUGGGAGGGGUCAGGGUGCCCAGACUCGGAGGGUCCCGCGGUCCCGGCAGCCGGAUGGGUCGGCCUCUCACCGGUACCGGGAGGCGCCCGGCGGGGCCGGCAGGUGGCGCUAUUGCGCCGCGCUGCGCGGAGCCACCGCGCGGACCGGGACGGGAUAGACCGGGAAGGGAUGGACCGGGA